UCCAAAAGCGAAAGGUAUUUUGACAACAAUCCGGAACCAUUUUGUGAUGGUGCACUUUGAAAAUAGUUUUCACCCGAGUAGUGAUUCCCAAACACUAUUUGCCGGAUGUUGAAUUCACAUGUUAUUUUUUACAGAAGCAAGAUAGUUUUGCUAGAUUUGCCGGAGAAAUCUUAACGUUUACUCACAUGUUUGUUAUUUAAAAAGUAAAGUGCAUAUCAACAUGUCGGCAUCAAUGAUUCGGAGGGGACUGGAGUUGCUAAGCGAUGACAUAAAAGAUGGUAGCAAGAAGCAGAAGAGCGCAGCCAAGAAGAAGCACACACCGAGCAAGGCUGAGGUGAUGGGCCUGGUGAGCACCAACCGUCAGGGCGUCAGCAGGCAGGUCCGGCAGCUGCAGGGGCGUCUCGGUCCAGGGAAGAGCAAGGCCACCGUCAAAGACAAGAGGAUCAAGUCUGCCGUGGAGGAGUUCAGGAAGAAGCAGGGGAAGAGCCAUCUGAGCUCCAACCUGCUGUACUUCCUGGGGACGGGCUUCAGAGCUACAGACUCCGACACUAUGAAGAUCGUCAACCAGAAUUUGGGCCGGCAGUCACGACACCGUCCGGACCGCCCGGUCAAGAAAGCCCCCAGGGAGAAGUCUGUGUUCACAGAGGAUGAGUUCCAACAGUUCCAGAAGGAAUACUUUGGCAGAACUGUGGAGGAGGGGAACUAGACAGAUUCUAGUUCCAGAGACUUAAGACUGCUUUCCAAUUCCAGAGGUGUGCGCUUCACACUCCUUGCCAUGGAUUGCUAACUUCACCAUUGUUAAAGGUCUAAUGCAGCCAUAUUUCAAUAUCGACUAAUUUAUGGGUAACAAUUAAGUAUCUUACUGCGAUUGUUUUUAAAAUAACAUGGUCAAAAAUAAACAAAAAACCUUCUUAGCAAAGAGCAAUUUCUCAAACAGUUAUCUUCCCAUGACUGUCUGGGAGUGGUCUGAGUGGGGAGGGAGAAAACUAGCUGUUAUUGGCAGAGAGGUUGGAACUCUCUUAUUGGUCUAGCAACUAAUUUACCUCCUGGUUAUGUCACCAGGCAGGCCAAAACUCCAUCUCACCAAAACAGGCUGACAUUUUAGCCGGUCUUUUCAAACAGCUUACUCUAACAGGGCAUUUUCACAGUAUUAUUCCAACCUCCUAGGAGGGGGGGGGGACAGUAAAAUCACAUUUUGGACUGCAAUGGGCCUUUUAAAUCCAUGGGAGAAUGUGGGUUCAGUUCCAGAGCCAAUGAGGACUUGGUAAAGAGAUCGGACACUUGACGGACUUUCGUUUUUGUCCAAAGUACUUCAUUUUGGACUCGGAAUGUGAUACUGCGCUACAUGGACAACAAGUGACUGACUGUUAAGUGGCCUUGAGGCUCAUUCCAAACGUGUUCUAUUCAUGCAGGAGAAAAUAGUAAACUUUCAGAGAAACAAAAGUAUUGUUUAAAACUUCAUUUUCUACUUGUCUUCAAAUCGAUUUUCAGAGAAUUUCUUGUUUCCUUCUGUUAAAAAGAGGAAAUCACAAUGAACUAGAGUAUGCUGUUUUAUUAAGUGAAUUUUCAGAAAGUAAAUGUCUUGUCCCUUUUGUGUUAGCCGUUAACUGUCAUGCAAAUCAUUGCGCUGUCACAGUUAUUUACCAUUAACAUAAACAUGUUUUGUAUCUCUGGGCAUACAAGUCGCUGAUGUGUGCCUUUUGGAACCGCUACAUUUCAUACAGUAAUAAUUCCAUUUAAUAUUGACCAUCACAAAAAUUCCAUUGUUUAGGCACGUCUUAACUAAGAAACAUAAUACAAAUAUACGAUACUCCCACCCACCCAAAGUAAUUAGACGGACGAAGAUGAUGCAUAGUGAGGUCAGACAAUGUAACCUUGAUAAUGACGUCACUACAAAGGCAAUAGAAAUUCCCAUCAAACACUUCAUUAUGCUGUAUGUGCAGACGCUUUCAUCCAAACCGACAUAUUUUACAUUUUAGUCAUUUAGCAGAUGCUCUUAUCCAGAGCAACUUACAGUAGUGAGUGCAUACAUUUCAUGCAUUAUUUUUAUUAUUAUUUUAUUUUUUGUACUGGCCCCUCGUGGGAAUCGAACCCACAACCCUGGCGUUGCACACACCAUGCUCUACCAACUGAGCCAUGCGUACAUUUUACAUAUCGGUGGUCCUGGGAAUCAAACCCACUACCCUGGUGUUACAAGCGCCGUGGUCUACCAAUGGAUUGAAUUUGAAUAAACUGAAUUCUGAGGAUAAAUGGUGAUGGGAGUGCAUCAUCUUUAAUCAAUGGUGUAGACUAGAGAAUUCCAUUAUGAAUAAGCCCAACUCUCUUAGGCUGUGUUUACACAGCCACCCUAAAAACCCAAAUCGGAUUUUCUUUAUAGCCAAUCUUUUUUUUCUGAAUGUCCACACGUGACCCAUAUCAGAUCUAUGCACAUUCACACUUGAUGUAGCCUCUGAAGUAGCACACAGAUUUCACUGUUCCUUUAAAAUGUGGGGUGGUUGUCAUGGUAACGACGGGUUGUAAAAAAUAAUGUAUAAUAAUUUCUAAACAAAACAAAAUCUGAGUGUCCAGACAGGUCGCAUAUAGAGAGCAAUUAAUAGUAGUCCUAAAGGCGUCUUUUUGUAGGCACUAACUCCGUCAUGGUUCGUUGACCAACACCUAUUGAACCCUUUCUGUGUUUACAAAUAUUGCCACACGAGGGCGAUGCGCGCAAGUUGGUGGCAGAACACGGAGGAGUUCUUAUAGAAUGCCAACCAAAAAAUGCUAUUUACAUGUUGCUUAUGAGUGCAUUUCACACUACUUUUGAAUUGUAAUUGGGUUUUAAGUCUAAUAUAAAUGUCCUGCUUAAUAUAAUGUUUGUGUCAUCCUCGCAAAUCAACUGCAUUAUACUUAAGCACUUCAACCAAUAAAAUGGUUCUUUGUCUA